AUGGCCACGCCGGACGACGUCGCAAACUUCAUCAGCAUCACCGGAGCACCGGAGUCUGUCGCCGUCCAGAAAUUAGAGGAAUACAAGGGCAACAUCAAUGACGCUAUGAAUGCCUAUUUUCUUGAAGAGAAAAAAUUAUCCGGUAAAGAGAAAAAUGUUGCAGUUAGUCCACAAUCUGCUGCCUGUAAUCAAUCAGAGAUAGAGGCCUCAAAAAGGGAAUGGGGAGAGUGUUCUUCUUUAGAAGCGAAAAAUGAUGUAUUCAUUGAUUCAUCUGAUCGUUGGAUGCCUAAAUCUUUUGAAUCCCCACCACCUCAAAGUUCACAUCAAGAAGAAGUAAAGAAAGUUGCUAAAUUUGAACCGCAUGCCCAAUCAGGAUUGGGAAAUGAUGAAAUAGAGGAAGAAAUGCUUAAAGCAGCAAUAGAGGCCUCAAAAAAGGAGUGGCAAGGAUGUUCAUCAUGGGAGGAAAUUGAUUGCAAUGAUGAAGAUAGCGAUCUGGCCCGUGCAAUUGCAUUUUCCAUUGAGACGGCAGAAAAAGAGCAAGCAGUACGUAAGAUUCCAGUACAAGAGGAAGAGCAUGGAGUUCAGGAUUUAUUACACAAGAGAAAGUUAACCAACAUUAGCAGAAACCAACUAGAGGAGUUUUUAAGACUAUCAUGUAGCAGUGCUGGGUUUCUUUUCGGAUGCGGCUACGAAUUAAAGAAUAACAGAAUGAUAUCAUCACUCUGCAUCAGUGCUUUGUCGUGUAAAUCAACACUCUGGCAAUUUGCUGCUGUAUAUCAGCAAUCUGCACCUUUGUUUUAUGUACAUCCUUUGGAAGGAAAUAUUGCUGCUGUAAGGUCUUUUUGCUGUUGUAGUACGGCAGAGAGAGAGAAAUCAGCAUUUGAAAUUGUGGUAGAGGAGAAAGAGGAAGAUCCUGAAAUUCAUGAUUUAGUAGACAAGAGGAAGAAAACCAACACUAGCAUAAACCAAUUAGAGGUCGCUGACGAUCUAGGGUCACCACCAGUUGGUGAAGAAGAGGAGUUUAAGAGCAGCGCAAUUCCCACGUUGUGUUUACAUAAAGGAACAUAUUCAUCAACAUUCGAAGAACAAGGCCUUCGCAAUCGUGAAGCUUUGCAUUUGGAAUGGACCAAAAAGACAACUGAACAUUCAUUGAAGACAAUGGGAGGGCUUCUUUUUGUCUAUGCAGAUCUCUACUCAUUACUUGUCAAGUUGUACUCUCUGAAAUGA